AGACAAGACAAUUGCUGCAUGAAACUUAUUUAAUAUUAUAUGUGCUAAAAUAUAUAAGAUAUUCUGGUUGUCAUGGACGAUGCUAAUGAUAGCGACAGUACUAGUUCACUCGGAAACAUGAGCAGCUCAGAAGGGGAAUAUUCUAUGCAGGAUGAUGACACUGGCUUUCCCAAGUUUGAUGUGACAUCCUGGAGUCCAAAAUCUGAAAGUUCUGGUGUUGACUAUCUCUGCCUUGUUCCAUUUGCUUCAAAUUACACACCAGAAUAUGACCAAUCAUUGCAUAAAGGCAAAUUUAAAACUAAUUGCUCGGAACGUAUUCAUAGAAAGCCCUACAGUAAAAGCAACAUAGCAGAUGAACGGCGUUUAAGGAUGGCAGCAAAUCAGAAUGAUUCAAGUGUAGUUUUAAGUUUAUUAGAGAGUGGUAUUGAUACUUGUUGUUAUGAUGAAAAGAAAAGGACACCAUUACACUUUGCAGCAUCUCAGGGCAAUGAAAAUAUUGUGAAAGCGUUAUUAGAAAAGGGAGCUAAUCCAAACCAGAAAGAUGCUGUUGGCAAUACUCCACUUCACCUUGCAGCAUGUACAGGGAAAGUGCCAAUUGUUACUCUGCUGCUUAAGGCUGGCACUGACUUGCAAUCUGUAGACAAGUAUGGACGAACGCCUCUUACAGUUGGAAAAUCACGCUUAAAGUUUCUCUCGGAAUCUAAAGUUUAUUCAUCUCAACAGGUCAAAGAUGAAGCACUACAGGUUUGUGAUAUGAUGAAAACCUAUUUGAACUUAAUUACUUAACAUCUGUUUACAUACAUAAGAUAUGUUGAUCGUCUGUGUGACAAACUUCAACAAGUGUCCACAAGAGAGGAAGUAAACCAUGUGAAUAUUUUAUUAUCAGAUUUUGCGGGACUAACGUUACAGAAGAAAAACUCGUCAUGACAAAGGACGACAAGGAAGAAAGCCAUGUCAGUAUUUUGUAAUCAUACUUUGCUGGACUCAGCUUAUCGAAGAAAAAUUAAACUCAUCAUGACAAAGGGCUGCAAUAUUAUUGGAGUUGCAAGUUUUACAACAAAUCUAACUGUAUUUACAAAGUUUAGACAAACUUACAGUUAUCAGCAGAGACAGAGAUAGCAAAUCGUAUGUGUCAAGUCAUAUAGGCUGUUUUUGGAAGGUUAAAGGAACUCAGAAUGACCUUUAGUGUUAGAAGAUGAGUCAGGGAGUGAUGAUAAACAUGGGGUGAAAAGGAGUAAGAAUGAAGAGGGAAUAAAAUCAUACAGAAAGGUUAUAAGUUUAUUCAAGAUAAGGUAACAGAGUGUUAAGAAUGGGGUCAAAUAGCAUAGAGAUAUCUCAAUUAUACAUUUAAGUACAUGUAUAGGGUCAAAGGUUUCAGAAUGAUAUAUGAUUGUAUUCUGAUUGUUCUGAGUUAAUACACUGCACAUCCUCUUAUAAUGACCAGUUUCAUUAUCCUUGUUUUAAUGCAAGUAAGAGUAAUGGUUAUGACACAAAAUGUUAACAAAUGACAAUAACUCUGAAAUCAAAGUGUUGCAGGUCUUAAUUUUAUAUGCUGCACAUCCUCUUAGUAUGAUCAAUGUAUACAUCAGGUUUCAUUAUCCUAGUCAAAUGCAGACCAAGUUAUGCUGCAAACACAAAAUAUUAGCAAAGGGCAAUAAUUCUGUAAUUUAAGGUUGGCAGGUCCAAACAUUGGUGCACUACACAUUGUCUUAGUAUGCUCAAUGUAUACACCAGGUUUUAGCAUAAAUGAAAGCAAAGGUAUGCUAAGGACAAGAAUUUUUACAAAGGGCAACAACUAUGUAAUUUAGGGGGUUUUGGGCCCUGAAUCUGGUACACUGCACAUCGUCUUAGUAUGAUCAAUUUACACACCAAGUUUCAUAAUCCUAGUUUAAAUGCAAGCAAUUUAAAGUUGUCCUCUUGACAUAAUUUUAACAAAGGGCAAUAACUCUGCAGUUAAAGAGUUGCAAGCCCUGAUUUUUUGUACAUUGCAGAUCAUCAUAGUAUGAUCGAUGUAUGCACCAAUUUUCAAUAACCUCUCGUAAAAAGAAGCAAAGUUAUGCUCUGGACACAAAAUUUUAACAAAGGGCUAUAACUCUCUAAUUGAGGGGUUUAGGACCCUGAGUGUGGUACACUGCACAUUACCUUAGUAUGACUAAAGAAUACACAUAGUUGCAUGAAUUUUGCUCAACUGUGGUCAAAGUUAUGCUUUUUACACAAAAGGGCAAUAAUUCUGUAAUUCAUGAAUUAGAAUGAGCUCAAAAUGCUUCAUAUUAGAUCAUUCAUAACGUCAUUAAAGCUUGGAUUAGGAGGUUAUUUACAACAGGAGUCUCUUGCAAGCAGUUUUGGAUUCAUAUAGUGACAGAGACAUCCCUGCAAACAGUGGUUCAGAGUAUAUUUCCCUGUGUUAUGAAAUGGAAAGAAGAAGAAUAUUCAGACCAAAAAAUCAGUUUCUAAUAUGACUAUUUGGUUUAAUGAAAGAAUCAAGAUAGAUAAAGUUUUUUGUGUUUUACAAAGAUUGGUAUAAAAGGGAGUGAUAGUCAUUAAUGAUAUAAUAAGGAGUUCUCAUAGAUUUUUAUAAGACUUUAAAAUUCACACAGAUAUACAGUAAAAAAAUAAUUUUUUUUAUUAAUAUCAGGUAUUAUAACAGUUAUAAAGGACCAACAAGGCUAAACCCAUCUAAAGAUAAAUACGUCAUUCAUGUGAAGAAAUUUACAAAUAUAUUUUUUUUUUUUAAAUGAAAGGGUAUGAAAGAUUUCUAUAAAAUAUUCAUGAAAAAUGAAGUUAUUGAAAAUGGUAUGAAAAAAUUGGAUGAAUAUUUUGAAUUUGAUGGAAAUGGUUGGCAAAUAUAUUCAAGCUUCCCAUUUCUGAAACAAAGAACACAUAAUUGCAGUGGAUGCAAUCUGGGAUUAAUCCUGACAACAAAUUCUUAUUUAUUCAAAGUAGGUCUUACAUAUAGUCUAUACAGUAAUAACUUCAUUGUAAUUAUUACAGAAAUUAGAACAAUUGAACAUAUUUUAUGGAAUUGCAAUAAACUUAAAAAUUUGCUCCAAAAUUAA